CAAGCUGAAAAAUAAGCCAACCAGACGACAAAACACUAUGGUGGAUGUCACAGUUGAUGCGGACGAUGAUCCGUUUCAACCGUGGAUACUUCGUGAAAUCGAGUCCAUUGAUGAUGAAUACAAUCAACACAACUUCAAGUUUAAAAACCAGGGUAUGUGGGUAGCUGUCUAUUACAACGAUGGACUCAAACAUGAGUAUUAUAUUGGACAGGUUGUGACAAUUUAUAGCGCAGAAGAGGCUGAAGUUAAUUUCAUGCAAUGCUCAGUGCAAAAGAACAAUACAUUCCGUUGGCCUGCUGCAAUAGACUUGGACACUGUUCUUUCGAAAUAUGUCAUUUAUUGGGAUUUUAAUGUUACAACUACAAAUGGCAGAUUGUGGACUACAGAUAUAGAGGCAAUUGAAAAUAGGUUAAUUAAGUAUGUCAGAUUGUUCUGCUAAAUUCAACUACAAGCGUGCCAACCUCCCCAGGUGGGG